UUUAGUUAUAACACAGCUGGCUGUUUGGGGCAUUGGAUCCGGAAGCGGAAGUGCUCAUAGUUGGCUGGCGGUGCAUAGUGCGGGCAGCAGCAACACGGCAACAACGGCGGCCAGAAUUUUUUCACGUUUGGAUAGUGUCGAGGAGGUGCAACGCAGUCGCAGUGGCAGCGCUGUUGGAAUAACGCCCGGCGGUGGUGCAGUGGCAGCGGCAGCGGCAGCGGUGGCAGCGGGUUCACCAGCCAGAACCGGCGGUGGGGGAGUGGGCGCGGGCUUGGGCAAUGCGGCAGGAGCGCGUAAUCGCAGCGCCAGCACAAUACUCGAGCUCAGUCAGAGCCAACUAGGAGCGCAUACGCGCAAGUAUUCCAGCGGCGGCGGAGCAGCACUUCUCGCUGGCGAUGUGAAUGGGUACGGAGACAACGCGUCAACUGCGAAAUGCGAUACAUUUAAUGGCGUUGGAGCGAGUGCAGGUGCUGGUGCAGGAGUAGGUGUAGGUGUCGGUGUCGCUGGCGGUUCAGGUGUCGGUGUCGGUGUCAGUGGAGGAGCCGGUGCGGCAAGUAGAGCUGCAUCGCAGGAUAGAAGCUCACUCGGAUCAGUCAAUGUGCCAGUCACAACGGUCAGCAGCUUGGGAAUAACUCUGCGCGAACGUUUGUCCAUCAGUGGCGCAUCAUCGGGUAACGAAUCAGGCGUUGCGGCUAGUGCGGGCGGCGGAGCUGGUGGCUCAGCGCCAACAAUAGGCGGCAGCAGCAAUACAAGUGUGCCACAUUGCAAGCGACAGGGCAGCUUCUCGAAUGUAUUCUCAAAGCUAAUCGAUGGUAUGCCCGCUGGCACAAUGUUCGCUAAGUUCAAAAGCGCCAACGUGGCGGCCUCCACAUCCGUGCAGAAUGUCGCCGAUGGCAAUCCCAUUACGCAGUACUUUGAGAUUGGCAAGCCGGUGGCCUGUGCCGGCCCAGAGCUCGUCUGGCGCAUACACGAUGGAUAUCGCAAGAGUGACAACAAGGAAUGUUCGAUUUUUAUAUUUGAGAAAAAAGUGGCAGAGAAACUGCACAAGCCGCGUCGCAAGGAGACCAUUACAGAGCUGCUAAAGAGCUCGGUAAAGACAUUGGAACGCUUUCGUCAUCCCCGGGUGAGUAUGCCUUUCACGUGUCUGCCAAUUCUUAUGCGCCACACUGUCUUGCAGGAGUCGAAAACGUACGAGAAUGCCAGCGUGGCACCCGCAGCAGGUGGCGGGCCGGCGCAGGCACAGCCAGCUGCUGGGGCCCAGCCGCAACGGCCGGCGCAUGCAAAGGAAUACAAUUUCUUGGAUAUGGAGCUGAAAUAUGGAUUCUUGCAGCUAACGGAGGCUUUGUCCUAUUUGCACUAUUCCGGUCACGUAAUUCAUCGAAAUGUGUGUCCAUCCUCUAUACUAAUAACCAAGCGGGGCAUUUGGAAGCUGGCGGGCAUGGAGUAUGUGGAAAGAAUGAAUGAGACUGAUUUGAAUAGCUCAAUUCCUUGCCCGCCGUGGAGCAACAGGGUAUCAAAGAUGGCUCAGCCCAAUCUCGACUUUAUGGCACCCGAAACGCAGACCAGCUCGAAGUGCAGCYUGCUGAGCGACAUGUUCUCGCUGGGCAUGGUCAUCUGUGCGGUGUACAACAAUGGACGGCCACUCAUACAGGCGGGCAACUCAACAUCCAACUAUGCCAAGCAACUGGAAACGGUAAGAGAGUGA